AUGGAAAGACUACAAUCAUUACUAGGUGGCCGUAUGGGCGGCAUGGGUGGUAUGGGCGCUAUGGGCUCGCAGGAUACCCCAGCCAUUGACAAUGCCGAAACGGUAUAUAUUUCAUCAUUAGCAUUGCUUAAAAUGCUUAAACAUGGGCGUGCCGGUGUCCCAAUGGAAGUCAUGGGAUUGAUGUUGGGUGAAAUUGUUGACGAUUAUACAAUUACGGUUGUUGAUGUAUUUGCGAUGCCACAAAGUGGUACAGGGGUAUCUGUUGAAGCUGUCGAUGAUGUUUUUCAAACAAAAAUGAUGGACAUGUUGAAGCAAACUGGAAGAGAUCAAACUGUUGUUGGUUGGUAUCAUUCGCAUCCAGGUUUUGGCUGUUGGUUGUCCAGUGUCGAUGUCAAUACACAACAGAGUUUUGAGCAAUUGAAUCCUCGAUCUGUUGCCGUUGUUAUUGAUCCAAUUCAAUCUGUGAAAGGUAAAGUUGUGAUUGAUGCAUUUAGAUCUAUUCCUUCCCAAGUCUUGAUGAUGGGCCAAGAACCAAGGCAGACUACUUCUAACGUUGGUUUAUUGAAUAAACCAACCAUUCAAGCAUUACUUCACGGACUAAACAGGAGCUAUUAUUCACUCAACAUAGAUUAUAGGAAAACUGAAAAGGAAACAGAUAUGCUACUCAACCUUCACAAGAAAGAAUGGACCAGUGGGCUCAGAAUUGAAAACUAUGACCAACAUGAUUGUAAAAAUUUGGAUGGUUCCAAGAAGUUGAUCAAAGUUGCCAAGCAAUACGUCGAAAGAAUUGCGGAAGAGAAAACUUUAACAGAAGACCAACUGAAGACUAGGUAUGUUGGUAAACAAGAUCCAAAAAAGCAUUUAAUCGAAACUGCAGAGAAUUUAAUUGAAGAUAACAAUGUCUCGAUUGUUACUAGUAAUGUAAAUAGAUUGGCUAUAUAA